UUGAUAGUGGAUAAAGCAUCCAACUUCGUGCCAUUGAACGCUAACUGGGAUUUCAAAUUUGUCAUUAACGGAUGUGACCUGUUGAAUCGUCACGAGUUGUCUUCUACACAAGAUCGUGAACUCCAACGUUACAUUGACAACAACAGACAUGUUUUGAUCUACAAGGAUCAUGAACUAACCUCAUUCUCUUUCAAGCUUCCAAAUUCUGCAGUAUCAUCACUGAUGCGUUUCCUUCCUCUAGGGGUAAAUUUCACAUCUGAUUUUCCUGGGCUGACAGGCAACAGCAGAAUGGAUGACGGUACUGGUCUGUGCUACAAAGCUGUCUCUCCCUCGUCACCUUAUGGAAUGUUAGAGUUGGACAGCGGCAAUUCAACAAUGAAAAGAGGAGGAAUUUCAAAAGGUUCAACAAUUUUGAGUCCCUACGGAAGUCUAAAAAGUCGGAAGGGGGUAAGCUGGUUCGAUGAAGAACGAGCGCGAUCUCUUUCUCCUGUCAACAAUAAUCCACAGGUACUGAAGAUUGCGAGCACUUCCUUUACGGUUUCGCAACCAGUUGUUUGA